AUGACUACCACUACUACAGAUAAACCCUUGACUGUUGUUGUCAUUGGCAUCGGCCAGAUGGGCCACAGCCAUGCGCUGGCCUACCACCACAAUCCGGGGUUCAAGAUAAUCGGUCUGUUAGACCGACGACAUCCAGGAAAGACAUUCCCGGACGCACUCAAAGAAUACCCCCUCCUAUUCACUCUUGAGGAGGCCCUCGCUUUGAAACCCGAUGUAGUGUCAAUCAACACACAUACAGCGACUCAUGCUGAUUACGCCGUGGCGGCAAUGGAGUCUGGAGCACACGUCUUUGUCGAGAAACCGCUGGCAGUCACAGUCUCCGAUGCAGAGCGCGUCGUUAGUACAGCGCAACGGUCAAACCGCAAGCUGGUCAUUGGGUAUAUCCUACGACACCAUCCCAGCUGGAUCGAGUUCAUUCAACAGGCGCGACAACUCGGUCCGCCGUUUGUGAUGAGAAUGAACUUGAAUCAACGCUCCAGCGGCGAUGCGUGGGCGGUACAUCGGCGGAUUCUUGACGAUGUGAAGAAUCCUGUCAUUGACUGCGGGGUUCACUAUGUGGACGUAAUGCUGCAAAUUACCGACAGCAAGCCUGUGCAGGUACGCGGUAUGGGGCUGUGCCUUAGUGAUGACCUACCUUCAGGCUCGGGACAGGUCAAUUACGGGCAUUUGCAAAUCCUCUUCGCCGAUGGAUCUGUCGGCUGGUACGAAGCUGGCUGGGGACCAAUGAUGUCCGAGACCGCGUACUUUGUCAAGGAUAUAAUGGGGCCUCGUGGUUCAGUAUCGAUUGUAAUGGACGAGAGUGGCUACGCUUCAGCCGAUAUCAAUAGCCACACCAGGACAUCGAAUAUACGCGUGAGCACCGUGAUCGAUGGACAGGCACAGGAUAAGAUGGUUUCUAUGAAAGGCGAGCCCGAUCAUUAUGAGCUUUGUGCCCGUGAGCAACAGUUCCUGCUGGAUGCUAUUCGUGAGGAUUGGGACCUUUCAAAGCAUAUGCAAAACGCCGUCAAGUCGCUUGGUAUUGUUAUUGCCGCUGAUCGGUCCAUGCGUGAGAACCGUGCAAUUGACCUUGACUAG